CUGGGCCACACCAAGUCAGAAAGCACCUAUUAAAGUAAGACCAUUAUUAUGGUUUUAGUCUUUUUUUUUUUUUAAUUAUUUACAACAGACAAGUAAUGAUCACCAUAGGAAUUAGUAGUAAAGAAACUGAACCUCACGUAACCAUUAACUACCAAUCUCAAAACAGAUGGAAGAAGAUUUGGUGGUGAUCUCAAGGAGCAUAGUAAUCCCCAAAAACGCCAAGAAAUCAAGUUCCUUGAAGAAGAAGAUUCAUCUGUUUCCAUGGGAUCUCUCUCGUCUUCGCUUUGGUUAUCUUCAAAGAGGUCUUCUUUUCCCCAAACCUGAUCUCAAAAUAAACUUACUACUCUCAAAGUUACAAACUUCACUCUCUGUUACACUCGACCGUUUCUACCCUUUAGCUGGUCGUCUCGUAAAAGUAGCCAACAACGAAGACGACACCGUCUCUUUUUACAUCAACCCCGAUGGUUCAGGUGUGGAGUUUAUUCACGCCGUGUCUAGAAAAACAAAGGUCAGUGAUAUCCUUAGACUAUCCUUUUCUUCUGUCCCAAGUUCUUUCAGCUCCUUCUUCCCCGCCACUGGAAUCAAGAACUGUAACGGUGUUUCAAGAUCUUUACUUAUGGUUCAAGUUACUGAGAUGAAAGAUGGGAUCUUCAUCGGGUUUGGUUACAACUCUACCGUAGCUGAUGGAGAAUCAAUCUGGAAGUUUUUCAACGCGUGGUCGGAGAUCUGCUCAAAGGGUUUAGGCUCUGAAGCUUUACAGAGUCGUCUUCAGCUUAAAGGUUGGUUCUUUGAUGAGAUUGAUUACCCGAUCCGGAUCACAGACCCUGAGGGAAAAACAGCUAGCAACGGAGCAUCAACUAGUUUAUUACAAGAGUUGAUGUUUCAUGUCACAAAGGAGAAUAGUUUGAAACUUGAAGCUAAAGUCAACGAUGAGAGAGUGUCUUCUUUUGAAGCGGUGUUAGGACAUAUAUGGUGUUUAUUGGCUAAGCAUAGUGGGAUGAGUCGUGAGGAAGAGACUCAUUGUAGGUUGCCUAUAAACAUGAGGGGAAGGUUAAACCCUCCGCUUGAAGAAGAGUGUUUUGGGAAUGUGAGUCAGACAGGGAUAGCUAAAGUCACAGUUGGUGAGCUAUUGGAUAAUGGAUUAAGUUGGGCGGCUGGGAAGAUAAACGAAAUGGAGCGGUCACAAACGUUUGAAAACGCUAAAGCGGUUGCGGAGAAAUGGGUGAGAGAUGUGAGGAUUCCGGUUUCUGUUGGUAGUAAAGAUUUGGUUGUGACGAGCUCUCACCGAUUUGAUGUGUAUGGAAAUGAUUUCGGUUGGGGUAAACCGAUAGCUGCAAGAGCUGGACCGCCGUAUGUGAACGGGAGGCUGGUUGUGUUCCAAGGAGUUGAAGAAGGGAGUCUUGAUUUUCAGAUUUGCUUAUUGCCUCAAGUAGUGGAGAAACUAUCAGAAGAUGUUGAUUUUAAAGAGUUUGUGAGCAUUGUACUAUGAUUAUGAUGAUUUGGUUCAAGAAUGUGCGUCGAAUUGAUAUGUGUGUUUCUUCGCCUGUAUUACAUAAAUUACUAAACUUAUCUCCA